CAAAGAAAAGCAAUGGAGGGAAAUCACAAGUUCUUCCAUGGAACACUUGAAGCUACCAUCUUCCAUGCCACACCUUGCAACACACCAUUCCCUUUCAGUUGUUUACUUGGGAAUGGAAAACCAGCCUAUGUGAACAUCAAGAUAGACCAAAAGAAGGUAGCAACAACAAGCCAUGAGAGCGAUAGAGUUUGGAAUCAAACCUUUCAAAUCCUCUGUGCUCAUCCAACCAACUCAACAAUAACCAUUACAAUGAAGACAAAGUGCUCCAUCUUGGGGAAAUUCCAAAUCCAAGCCAAUCAGAUACUGGAUGAAUUAAGUUUGAUUAAUGGAUUCUUCCCACUCAACAUGGAAAAUGGGAAGCCAAACCCCGAGCUCAAGCUACGAUUCAUGUUAUGGUUUAAACCAGCAGAAUUUGAACCAAGGUGGGGGAAAUUACUUGAGCUUGGAGAAUUUCAGGGGCUAAAGAAUGCUACAUUUCCGCAAAGGUCUAACUGCAGCGUCACGCUCUAUCAAGAUGCUCAUCAUCACACUACCUUUCAACCACCAUUUGAUCUCUGUGGGAGCCCAAGAAAGUUGUGGGAGGAUGUGUAUAAAGCACUAGACGGUGCCAAGCAUUUGAUUUACAUUGCAGGGUGGUCUCUCAAUCCUAAGAUGGCGCUGGUUCGCGAUCCUCAAACUGACAUUCCACACGCACUAGGAGUAAAACUAGGUGAAUUGUUGAAGCGGAAGGCAGAGGAAGGUGUGUCUGUCAGGGUCAUGAUUUGGAAUGACGAGACUUCCUUGCCAAUAAUCAAGAAUAAAGGAGUGAUGAGUACUCAUGAUGAAGAUGCCUUCGCCUACUUCAAGCAUACCAAGGUAGCAUGCAGAUUGUGUCCCCGGUUACACCACAAGUUUCCCAUGCUCUUCACUCAUCAUCAAAAGACCAUAACUGCUGACACACGUGGGCGCUUCUCUUCAGGCAAUCGAGAGAUCAUGAGUUUUGUUGGUGGAUUAGACCUCUGUGAUGGCCGGUAUGACACAGAGCAGCAUUCAUUGUUUCGUACCCUCAAUACAGAAUCACAUUGUCGUGAUUUCUAUCAGACAAGCAUUUCUGGAGCUAGUCUUCACAAAGGUGGGCCAAGAGAGCCAUGGCAUGAUACUCAUGCCUGUAUUAUUGGUGAAGCUGCUUGGGAUGUUCUGACCAAUUUCGAGCAAAGGUGGACAAAGCAAUGUGACCCUUCUCUGCUAGUCCCCAUUAGCACCAUAGCAGAUCUCUAUCACCACCCUACUCCUACAAGCAUUUCCACUGAAAGGGAUUGGAAAGUUCAAGUCUUUCGAUCAAUUGACCAUGAGUCUGCAAUCCAAUUGCCAAAAAGCUUUACUGUUGAGCGUAGCGUCCAUGAAGCUUAUGUAGAAGCAAUUCGUCGCGCUGAGAGGUUUAUAUAUAUCGAGAACCAGUACUUCAUUGGAGGAUGCCAUUUGUGGGAGAAGAAAGAUCAGCAUUGUGGCUGCAGAAACUUGAUACCCAUUGAGAUUGCACUUAAAGUGGCAAGCAAAAUCAAAGCAAAGGAGAGGUUUGCAGUAUAUAUUGUAAUGCCAAUGUGGCCAGAAGGAGUACCAGAAAGUGAACCAGUCCAAGAUAUACUGCAUUGGACUAGAGAAACAAUGAAGAUGAUGUAUAGGUUGAUUGGAGAUGCAAUUGAAGAAAGUGGCGAACCGGGACAUCCAAGAGACUACUUGAACUUCUUCUGCCUUGCGAACCGGGAAGUAGAGGGCAAAGGGGAGUUCAUUCCUCCAUACUCUCCUCAUCCUGCAACAGAGUACUGGAAUGCUCAAAAACAUAGGAGGUUCAUGAUUUAUGUACAUUCCAAGCUCAUGAUAGUGGAUGACACCUACAUGAUGAUAGGAUCAGCGAAUAUAAACCAGCGAUCCAUGGAUGGACAACGCGACACUGAAAUUGCAAUAGGGUGCUACCAAUUAGGAAAUGGUGAACAAAAAGGAGUGAGUGAUGGAGAUAUUCAAUCAUACCGUAUGUCACUGUGGUACGAGCAUACUGGACGAGCAGAAGAGAUGUUCCGAGAACCUCAGAGCCUGGAAUGUGUGCAGAUGAUCCGUUCCAUAGGCGAGAAAAUGUGGGAAGUGUUUAGCGGAGAGGAAAUAGUAGACAUGGAAGGUGUUCAUCUGGUCACAUACCCUGUGAGUAUCAGCAAUGAUGGUUGUGUUGAUGAUGUUGUGGACAGUGAUGGUCACUUUCCAGACACAAAAACUCCAGUCAAAGGGAAGAGAGCAAAAGUUCUACCACCUAUAUUCACCACAUGAGCACAAAGAUGAUGAGUAGGUCAGUGUUGGAUACACAUGAUCAGCUCAUUUUUAUUUUACUUCUUUGCUUUGGGAAGAGCUUAUUUUCUGAUGUGAACAUUCCAAGCUCUUUAUAGGUAUCAAUAUUCAUUCUAUUCUAUUUUUUUCUUUCUCUCUCUCUCUUCUUCUUCUUAAUUGGUACUCAUACACACAUGCCUUCACCAAGGCUCGAACCCCUGACCUCCUUCAAGGAAGUAGGAACCUAGUACCGCUAACCCACUUGCCUGUUGCUGUAUUCAUUCUAUUCAAAUUCUUCUUGUAAAACUAUGUAUUGUACUUCUGAACACUUGAAAUGGAAUUAACAGAUCAUUGUUGCAAUGUUAAUUUGGUAACUUUGGACAUUGGCCAUCCUCUGUUUAGCAUUUUCCAUUUCAAUCAUGUGCAGCAUAUAUAUAUAUCAAUAUGAAGAACUUCGAUUUUUGU